AUGCCUGUCAGUGCUGCUGAGGGGACAUGGGCGUUUAUAGACAUGAGAAAGACACUCCUGGCGCUUGCCUUGACGUGCAAGUCAUUCACUGAACCUGCAUUGGACCUUUUGUGGCGACACCUAGGCAGACUCGAACCUCUUAUCAGGUGUCUCCCACAAAGCCUAUGGAAACAGAACGGAAAUAGGCUAGUUAGUCAAGCUCUGGCUCGUGCUCAAGAGUACACCAUUUGA